AUGCAUUGUCUCGUAGAAGUGACAUCAUCCCAUGCAUGCCCCGUCAUCACAUGCAAGCCCCGUCAUCCCAUGCAAGCCCCGUCAUCCCAUGCAAGCCCCGUCAUCCCAUGCAUGCCCCGUCAUCCCAUGCAUGCUCCACAGGGUAUCUCGUGCUCCGCUCCUCUGCGGGUCAACUCAACCCUCCUUGUCAACUCCACAGUGCAACCAUGCUCUGUCUUCUACACCACCUUGCUUGGCGACACGUGUGCGAAGGUGGCACGGCAGGUGGAGCUGUGUGGGGCGGCGGCGUCGGAUGCGGAGUGUGAGAUGGCAUUUCAGGCGCUCAACCCCGCUGUCAACUGCUCCUCCCUCAGCCCCUCCCAGGCCGUGUGCCUGGAGAGGGACCCCGCCAAGGCGAAUGUGACAGUGGUGUGCGACCAGUACUACCGGGCGCACCUGAGCGACACGUGCGACAGCAUCAGGCAGCUGGCGGAGCCUCCUCUCAGCCCCGUGGACUUCUACCGCCUCAACCCCGGCGUCAACUGCAACCAGCUCAUCCCGGUCAAGAACUACUCCCGCUCCGCCACCACCUUUGGUGCUGAGGUUUGCAUCGGCAGUGUCACCAACUUCACAGCUGGUAUCUGUUCGAGGACUAGCACCUACACCAUCUCACCUGGGGAUGACUGCAAAUACAUUGAAUUAAAAUAUUUCUACAGUAUCAAAGGCUGUUACCGGAGAAUGAAUGGGUACGAAUGUGUAAAGUUGAAACCUGGGGUUAGAAUCUGCACACCGAGUAUGAAAAAAGCUCGAACAGGAAACUGUAGCAUUUGA